AUGACGAUCUCGGAUUCCGUCUACAACAUCAGAUCUCGCCCCGUAAACGGUCUGGUCUGUUGCAUACCUAUACGCGGUCCAAAAUCGAUCGCGGUCUGUAAUCCCACCACCAGACAAAUCGUGAAACUGCCGGAGGUCACACCCAACGGAAGAGACAUGUACGCGCGUCUCGGGUACGAUCCUGUAGGAGACGAAUACAAAGUCUUGUGCGUGAUGAUGUUCGACGGUUUCGACAGCAAAACAAAAGACGAUAUCAAACAGGAGCAUUUUGUUUUCACGGUGGGAUCCCGACAAAAGAAGUGGAGAAAAAUUGAGACAGUCACUAAAGACCCUUACCGCUGCAUGGAAGGCGAGGUUUGCAUCGAUGGUGUUCUAUACUAUGGAGUUGGUCACAAAAGGUUAGCUAGAUUCGAUGUUAGAUCCGAGAAGCUUGAGUUUAUUAAAGGACCCGAAGAGUAUAACGCGGUCUCUUGUUACUCAAGAAUCAUCAAUCACCAAGGGAAACUAGCGUGUGUGAGCUAUGACUUCUACUGUUCGUCUAGUUUCGGUAUGUGGAUUCUACAAGACGCUGAGAAACAAGAAUGGUUGAGCGUUGAGACGAGUGAUGUGCCCUGUGAGUGGAUUGAUUUGUUUACAGAGGAGAGAGCUACGUGCACCGGUGAGAUUCAUACCGGCGAGGCAAUGCUGGUUUCCAGAUUGUUAGAGUCGUCUAAGCUCUUUUGUGUUUACUAUUGCGAUCUGGUUAGAGAUGGUUUCAGAAGAGGCGAGGUUGAUGGAAUCGCAGACCUUGAGUUUAGACGUGACCACGGAAUUGGUAAACAUAAUCGUCAGAUGUUGUGUUUUCCAGGUCACAUUGAGAAUAUCAUGUUCUUCUAA